AUGUAUCUUAUAUCGAGCUGUCUCCUCCUCCUCCUCAUGCCAGCAGUCGUAUCCACAUUCCCGUCUGGCUGCCAACAGGGAGUGAACUGUCACCUACCGAACUGUUUCUGUAGCACAUUUGAACACUUCAUGAAACGCAGUGAUAUCCCACAGAUGGUUUAUUUUGGGUUGGACGAUGCCGUGACAGGAGCUGCAUACGACUUUUACAAACUUUUGUUUAGGAAGGAAAGAACAAAUCCAAACGGUUGUCCAAUAUCUUUAACACUGUACAUUUCCCAUGAGUAUACCCACUACGAUGUCGUGCGGGAAUAUCGAGAUCUCGGAUACGAACUGGCCGUGCACAGUGUCACCCAUAGCAACAUUAACACGGGCGAAAAAGUGUUGAGUGAGGCGCGCGAUCAGAAGAUCAAUAUCAUCAAUCUGGCUGGAGCGAAUCCUGAAGAUGUUGUUGGCUGGAGAAGUCCAUUUCUACAGACGGCGGGAGACAGUCAGAUAGACAUGCUGGCACAGUUAGGGUUCGAGUACGAUAUUUCAUUUACGUACAAACGUGCACACAUGCUUGAAGACAAUCCCUUUCCUUUUACAUUGGACUACGGAUGGCCAUAUAACUGCCAUAUUCAUCCAUGUCCCAAUCAGAAUCACUCUGGAUUCUGGGAAGUUCCGGUGAACGCUAUGCGGGAUUACAAAGAUCAAUUUCCUUGUGCUUUUUUCGACAGCUGCUACAACAGACUGGCUACCGAGGAACUGGUCUAUAAGUACAUCAUGGACAAUUUCCUUAGUAGCUACGAUGGUAACAGAGCUCCUUUCGGGUUGCACAUGCACUAUGCCUGGUUACUUUCCCUACACAACUUGAAAGGUUUGGACAGGGCCAUACACGAUAUGAUGCAGUACCCGGGCGUGUACAUUGUUAACGUUAAACAGAUGCUAGAGUGGAUGAAACGUCCCACAAAGCUUUCUGAACUUUCCAGCUUUGAACCCUGGGGAUGUGGUCUAACAACCCCAACACCACACAUAACAACUACUACAACGACAACAACACCAAGACCAACAACGAACUCAGCUACAACAACACCAAAACUAACAACGAACUCAGCUACAACAACACCAAAACCAACAACGAACACAGCUACAACAACACCAAAACCAACAACGACCACGACAACUACAACAACACCAAAACCAACAAAGAACACAACAACAAAACAAAUAACUAAACCGACGAUGGCGACAACAGAAACUCCAGAACCGACGACAUUAAGCCAACAAUCGACAACAAAAACAAGUGAGCCCCUCUCACCAGGCCCUAUACCUCAGGAAGAUUGUCAACAGGAAGGAAACUGCCACCUGCCGGAUUGUUAUUGUGCUGGUACGAGUAUUCCAGGAGGACUUCCGGUAUCAGACACACCACAAAUGGUAUUCUUUGCUAUAGACGGUGUAGCGAACUAUCUGGUGGAUGUAAUUCUUGGUAGAUUAUUUCCAACUUCUCUGAAGAACCCUGACAAUUGUCCGGUAAGUGCUACGUUUUUUGUCUCCCAGGCGGGUUCGAUUACAAUGUACCUGACGCUUUUGAAAAACCGCGGUAUGGAAAUCGCAACCAAAGGCAUAAGCGGAAGAGAAUUUAAUGAACAAGACGUUCUUAACGAUGAAAUGAAGUUACAACUUAGCGAACUGGGUGAACUGGACAUCAAACCGAAAGGCUGGAGGAGUCCAACUAUGAAGCCAUUAGGGGAUGGUCAAUUCGAAAAAAUUAUGAAGAAUGGUUAUCUCUACGAUUCUACGUUAAUCAGUCCUCGAGAGAAUGCGGGUGAUAAGUACUGGCCAUUUACCUUAGAUUAUGGGUGGAAGGGAUCUUGUGCGAUCGCUGACUGUCCCAAGGCUGCCUAUCCGGGGUUAUGGGAGGUUCCCAACACUCCAGUUAUAGAUUAUCGCAAUCUCUACACCUGUAGCUUUGUGGAUGGCUGUAUUUAUUCUCCCCCUACAGCUAACGACACGUUCAACUUCCUUUGGAAUAAUUUCAAAGCUCAUUAUCAAACAAACAAAGCACCUUUCGGAAUACAUCUACGUCUUAUCUGGUUCUCACAUCCAUUCUAUGCAACUAAUUUAGAAGGGUUGCAAAUGUUUGUUGACAAAUUAAGCACGAUGAAUGACGUUUAUAUUCUGGCCAUCAAGGAUAUACUUCAAUGGAUGAAAACCCCUACGUCUUUACAGAACCUCCUUAUCAACAGUCCAUGGAAGUGCUGAAGGUUACAUCUCACUACCAUUCUUUUACUUAUACAAAUAUUUUAUUAAAACGUGUGUUUACAAUG